UUUGACGCUCUUUCAGGUCACGUGGUUGUCGUUUUUCCUACCAAUGACCAAUCACUGAAACUUCUCCAAUUAUUUUAACAUAACCAAACUUAUAUGUGAGAACUGAGAAAUGGCUGACGAAAAAGAUGUUGAGAAAACCAUUGCUGAAGACUUGGUUGUCACCAAGUACAAAUUAGCCGGGCAAAUUGUGAACCGUGUCCUGGAACAAGUAAUUGCUAAAUGUGUUCCCGAUGCUAGUGUCAGAGAAAUAUGCGAAUUUGGUGAUAAACUUUUGUUAGAUGAAACUUCUAAAGUAUUUAAGAAGGAAAAAGAUUCUAAAAAGGGUAUAGCGUUCUCAACGUGUGUCUCUGUAAACAACUGUAUUUGCCACUUCUCGCCUAUCCCAAGUGAAACGGAUUAUGUCUUAAAGCUUGGAGAUCUAGCUAAGAUUGACCUUGGAGCUCAUAUAGAUGGAUUCAUUGCCGUGGUGGCACACACUGUUGCAGUUGGUGGUGGAGAAGUAUCAGGCCGUGCUGCUGAUGUAUUGCUUGCAGCACAUCAUGCCAGUGAAGCUGCCUUGAGGUUGUUACGACCUGGAAAUGAGAAUUAUGCUAUAACUGAUGUUGCACAGAAAAUAAGUGCAGAGUAUGGUUGUAAGCCUAUAGAAGGAAUGCUCUCUCACCAACUGAAGCAGUUUAGGAUUGAUGGUGAGAAGAGCAUUAUUCAGAACCCAACUGAAGCACAGAGAAAGGAACAUGAAAAGGCUACAUUUGAGACAUAUGAGGUUUACGCAAUGGAUGUUCUUAUUUCUACUGGAGAGGGUGUGGGACGUGAAAUGGAUACUAGAUGUACAAUAUACAAGAAAACUGAUGAGAUCUAUCAAUUAAAAUUAAAAGCAUCAAGAAUGUUUUACAGUGAGGUUCGCAACAAACAUGGAUCAAUGCCAUUUAAUCUACGAAGUUUUGACAAGGAGACAAGUGCCAGACUGGGAGUUGUUGAAUGUGUCAAUCACAAGCUUAUUGAACCUUUCCAGGUCCUUUAUGAGCGGCCUGGUGAGUUAGUGGCACAAUUCAAGUUUACAGUGUUACUGUUGCCAAGUGGCACUCAUCGUAUCACUGGCCUGCCUUUUGACAAAGCUCAAUGUAAGACUGAGCGUACAAUCAAGGAUCCAGAACUGAAUGCCCUUCUCAACUCAUCCACAAAAUCUAACAAAAAGAAGAAAAAGAAAGCUGGAGCUGAAGAGCCGAUGGAAGUAGAGACGGCUGCCUAGCGACAAAAUUGCUACUUUAUGGACCUUGCAAUAAACUGCUUUUUAACUCAGA